AGUUAAAAAGGAAACGUAUCUUAUGCCGAAUAUAUAAAGAUUUCUUACUAUCGCAUUACAUGAGUUCUGUAUAAAUUAAUCAGUAAAAGAGAAGAAACCCAAUUGCAAAUUUCAUUCCAAACCUUAUCCCAAUGGCAGACGAAGAGAAGAAGAAGAUGCUCACAGCAGAGGAGCUCGAGCGGAAGAAGAAGAAGGACGAAAAGGCUAGAGAAAAGGAGUCGAAAAAGCUCAGAGCUUUGGAGAAGGCAGAACUUAAGGCAAAACAGGUCAAAGAUGAAGAGAAUCCUAAGAAGAGCACAAAAAAGAGUUCCCAACGGGAUGCUGCACAUGAAGAGAAUCCUGAGGAUUUUGUGGACCCUGAGACUCCUCUUGGUGAGAGGAAGAGGCUCUCUUCACAGAUGGCUAAGCAAUACAGCCCUGCUGCCGUAGAGGGAGCAUGGUACGCUUGGUGGGAGAAAGCUGGUUUUUUUACGGCGGAUGCUAAGAGUUCCAAGCCAGCAUUUGUUAUGGUUCUCCCUCCUCCAAAUGUGACUGGAGUCUUGCAUAUUGGCCAUGCCUUAACAACUGCAAUUCAGGAUUUGAUUAUUCGUUGGAAGAGAAUGUCUGGGUUUAAUGUACUGUGGGUGCCUGGGAUGGACCAUGCUGGUAUAGCUACACAGACUAAGGUUGAGAAAAAUCUCAAGGAUAGAGAGUUGACUAGGCAUGACCUCGGCCGUGAUGAAUUCAUAAAGGAAGUGUGGGAGUGGAAGGAGAAGAAUGGUAGCACGAUUCUAACACAACUAAGACGUCUAGGAGCUUCUCUUGAUUGGUCCCGUGAGUGUUUUACAAUGGACGAACAAAGAUCAAGAGCUGUUACUGAGGCCUUUGUACGGUUUUACAAGGAAGGGCUUAUCUAUAGGGACAUUAGGCUUGUUCAUUGGGAUUGUCAUUUGAAAACAGCUAUAUCUGACGCUGAGGUUGAGCAUAAAGAUAUUAAAGAAAAAACGCUGCUAAAUGUCCCUGGCUAUGACAAGCCGGUAGAGUUUGGUCUCAUUACUUCAUUUGCUUACCCUCUGGAGGGAGGCUUGGGCGAGGUUGUUGUAGCCACUACAAGGGUGGAAACAAUGCUUGGAGAUACCGCCAUUGCGAUUCACCCCGAUGAUGCAAGAUACACCAAUCUUCAUGGGAAGUUUGCUGUGCACCCUUUUAAUGGACGCAAGCUGCCAAUCGUAUGCGAUGGAGAACUUGUUGAUCCAGAGUUUGGUACUGGUUGUGUUAAGAUUACUCCUGCCCAUGACCCCAAUGAUUUUGAGCUCGGAAAGCGUCACAAUCUUGAAUUUAUCAACGUAUUCACUGAUGAUGGAAAAAUCAACACAAACGGCGGGGCUGACUUCACAGGGAUGCCACGCUUUGCAGCACGUGAGGCAAUUGUUGAAGCUUUGAAAAAUCAGGGGCUGUACAGAGGUGAACAAAGCAAGGAAAUGAGGCUUGGUCUUUGCCAAAGAACCUCCGAUGUUAUUGAGCCUAUGAUUAAGCCUCAGUGGUAUGUCAACUGUAGCACGAUUGCAAAGGAGGCUCUCGACGCUGCUACCAGUGAUGAAAACAAGAAGCUAGAAUUUAUACCAAAACAGUACGCUGCAGAAUGGAGAAGAUGGCUAGAGAACAUACGCGACUGGUGUAUCUCAAGACAGCUCUGGUGGGGACACAGGAUACCAGCAUGGUACGCCACUCUCGAGGAAGAUAAUCUCAGGGAGUUUGGCGCGUACAACGACCACUGGGUUGUCGCUAGAACCGAGGAAGAAGCUCGGAGAGAGGCUGCUGAGAAAUUCCCCGGGAAGAAGUUUGAUCUAGCCCAAGACGACGACGUGCUUGACACGUGGUUUUCUUCUGGGAUCUUUCCGUUAUCUGCUCUGGGAUGGCCCGAUGAAACUGACGACUUCAAAGCCUUCUAUCCGACGUCUCUCCUUGAAACUGGACAUGAUAUUCUCUUCUUCUGGGUUGCUCGUAUGGUUAUGAUGGGAAUGAAACUAAGCGGCGACGUUCCAUUCAGCAAGGUUUAUUUGCAUCCGAUGAUACGUGAUGCACAAGGGCGUAAGAUGUCAAAGUCUCUUGGAAAUGUAAUUGACCCGAUUGACAUAAUAAAAGGACAAGAAGGUACUAUUCCUGAAUGUGGUGCUGACGCUCUUCGGUUUGCACUUCUCUCUUACACUGCUCAGUCCGACAAAAUAAACUUGAACAUUCUCCGUGUGGUGGGUUACCGUCAGUGGUGUAACAAGCUCUGGAAUGCGGUCAGGUUCGCGUUGAUAAGACUAGGCGAUGGUUAUUCCCCUCCGCUGGCUCUAAGCCCCGAAACGAUGCCGUUCAGCUGCCAGUGGAUUCUCUCCGUGCUGAACAAGGCCGUAGCCAAGACGGUGGAGUCGCUGAACGCGUUUGAGUUUUCGGAUGCAGCCAACGCGGUGUAUGCAUGGUGGCAGUAUCAGUUCUGCGAUGUGUUCAUUGAAGCCAUCAAGCCUUAUUUUGGUGCCGCUGGUGAUAAUAGCCCUGCAGAGAGGGCUCACGCUCAACAUGCUCUCUGGGUAUCUCUGGAGACUGGUUUGAGACUGCUUCAUCCGUUUAUGCCGUUUGUUACUGAAGAGCUAUGGCAACGGCUGCCUUCACCAGAGAACUCUGAAAGAAAGGCUUCUAUCGUGAUAUGUGACUACCCAUCUGCUAUGGAGAAUUGGACAAAUGAGAAGGUGGAGACUGAAAUGGAAACCGUUCUAGCGAGUGUGAAGUGUCUGAGGGCACUCCGAGCUGAGUUGCUGGAGACACAGAAAAACGAAAAGUUACCUGCGUUUGCUCUGUGUGAAAACAACGUAACAUCCGAGAUUGUAAAAUCUCACGAGUUGGAGAUUAGAACCCUUGCAAAUCUAUCGUCCUUUGAGGUUCUGUUGAAAGGAGAACAUUCAGCCCCAUCUGGUUCUGCAGUCGAGACGGUGAACGAGAACCUUAAGGUGUAUCUCACAGUGGGGAGAGCCAUUAACGUAGAAGCUGAACAAGAAAAGAUCAGAAACAAGAUUGCCGAGCUACAAAAACAAAAGGAGAAGUUGCAGAAGAUAAUGAGCGCGUCUGGGUACGAAGAGAAGGUCCCUGCGAACAUAAAAGAAGAUAACGUCACAAAGCUCGCUAACAUUCUCCAAGAAUUCGAUUUCUUUGAGAAUGAAAGUGCUCGUCUCGCUGCAGAGACUGGUCAAUUUAGAAAAUGAACAAAUGAAACAGAAGGUGUGAGAAACACAGAGCUACAGUUUAUGUCUGAAAAAAACAUAAGCAUUUGAAACAUGUAUUUGAGGUUUGCAAAACUAUAUGUAUGAUGUUAUUCUGGAACCGGUCUUUAUUUAUUCUGCAACCAUCUAUUUUUA